AUGGCGGCCUGGCUCUCCACUUCCACAGAGCAGGCAGAGCACUCUGCUUGCAUGGCCAGCGCGGAAGAGGGAGGCCUCUGCUGCCUUGCGAAAUCCCGCAGGGACAAACCCGGGGCAGAGAAACCGAAAUCCCUGCUGGGCCCCGAGAAGGAGCCAUGGGGGACAUGGGUGAGGCCCUCACCACCCAAUAACAGCAACAAGGAGCUCUCUUACUCGGAAUAUCCAGGUAUAGCAAGUGAACUCUCAGAAGAGAUAAAGACAGAGAUUCUUGACAAAUUUAAUAGCAUUAGGAGAUCGGUGCAGCCGACUGCCAGUAAUAUGUUGAAAAUGACAUGGAAUGAAAGAGCUGCUGAAACUGCUAAAAACUGGAGCAGGAAAUGUCAACCUCAAAGAUUUCCUAGAGAGGAACGAAAGGUGGAUGGAAUUUUAUGUGGUGAGACAAGGUUGCGAGCAACUUAUCCUAGCUCCUGGUCAGAUGUAAUUGACACAUGGAAUCAAAAAGCAUCUAACUUUGAAUAUGGAGUUGGAGCAAUCAACCCAAGAAAAAACAUUUAUUUUUAUACUCAGAUCAUUUGGCAUGAUUCACAUCAGAUUGGAUGUGCACUUGUCUACUGUGGAUCGAAUGAGUACCGUUUCUCUUACGCGUGCAUUUACUGUCCUGUAGGGAACCUAGCAGAGGAAGUUGCAACACCCUACAAAAAAGGCCCAUCGUGUGGAGACUGUCCUGAUACCUGUGAGGAUAAACUCUGCACCCAAUCAUGCAAGUAUUUUGAUAACUUAGCUGACUGCAACCUGUUGCUAAAUAUGUUCUCCUGUGAAAAUAAUAUCAUCCUAAACCUGUGCAAAGCCACUUGUAAAGCCACAAAGCCCUUUGGAAACAAGGCAGACCAGCCCCACAACCAGUCCAUGGAUCGCCUUAGAGCUGGCUUAUCCUGA